CCCCAACCGGCGCAGCCCUCCAAAGUGAACACUAGUCACAGACACGAGGAGGGUAAGAAGAAGAAGAAGAUGAAGAAGAAGACUUCGUCAAAAACAGAAUGAUUAGAGCCGACGCCAUUAUUAAUCAAUCACAUAAGCUAACAAGCGAAAAACAAAGCAAAGCCCAAAAAUCAAUCCUCCUCCCAAGAUUUCAUAAAUGAUAUCCUCCACCCGGAAAUAAAAUCUGUCUGCCGGCAGCCCAAAAAGCCCACCAAACUUUCCCUCUCGGCUAUGGCGGAGCUGAGGAUUUUAUCGGCGGGUUGGUCGUAAUUCAGGGUCGAGGAAGACUGUCUGUGUGAAGAAUCCGCAACUGGGUCUGUGAGCACGGUGGGUAAUUCGGGAUGGGGGGAGUUGCAGAGUGAAUGAAUUGUGGAGGAGGAGAAGGAGAGAGAGGGAGGACAUGGACGAGGUGCCGGGGUCGGUGGGGACCAGCGCCAGCUUCGCCCUGAGACUGGGACAGACUCUGUUCUCCUCCGCCUCUCUUCUCUUCAUGUCCGUCGGUGUUGACUUCUAUGGCUACACAGCUUUCUGCUACUUGGUCACGAUCAUGGGUUUGGUUAUACCGUGGAGUUUCACCCUGGCACUUGUAGAUGGGUACUCUGUUCUAGUCAAGUGUCCCCUUCGGCAACCUGGAAUUAUGGCCAUAAUUGUCGUGGGAGAUUGGGUGCUGUCGAUUCUCACACUAGCAGCAGCUUGCUCUACGUCCAGUGUGGUGGAUCUUCUGCUACACUCGAAUGAGCCUUGCCCUUCAAAAUUCUGCAGCAGGUACCAGAUAUCUGCCACCAUGGCCUUCUUUUCCUGGUUCUUGUCCCUCGCCUCAUCCCUCUUCAACCUCUGGCUGUUGCCAUCGUUGUGAAGAAUUGAGCAAAGAAAAAAAAUGAUGGGUUUGUCCAAACUUUCGCCUCGAAGAGGCAAGAGUUUGAAUUCAAGCCAGAGCUGGCAGCCCGUUCCGUAUAUAGCUCGGUGUUUGUGGAAUAAUGAAACUGGCACAUCCAAAUAGCAGUCGAUUACUUCUUUUUGGUUAGGGAAAUUAAGUUGUUAGAGUGGUAAAUGACCCUCGAGUUUUACUGAAAUGUCCUUUAUAGCGAAAAAUGUGAUUCAAAGUGUAUAGAUCUACAGAAACAUGUCGAUAUCUGAAUCAGUGUCUUGUAUUAAUAAAUCUUUAUCAUCAGCAAAUGUGGAUGGGUUUCUAUGAAUGAGUUCGUGAA